AUGUUAAAAAAGGAAGCAUAUCUUCACCUUUCGGUUUGCUUCAACCGGUCACCGAGAGAAGACGGAGGGCCGUUUACCUACUCACUCCACCUGGGAACGAGUAGUGGAACCUGCGCGAUAUUUAAAUACGACUGUAGAAACCCAUUUCCUCCAGAUCCGUGGAUUCUGCCUCUAACCCUCAUUUGGGGUCUCCUCUCCGUCUUCAAUGGCGAAUUGAUCGCAAACAACCUUACUUUGAAGAAACGAAAGAGUCAUUCGAGAAAUUCAACUCUCAGAAUUAGUCACUCUCGCAGAGAUCUAACCCUUCAGUAUACUAUUCCAGCAGGACACUGUUCUGUGGUCUGGGCUUGCUUUUUUUCUUUUCCCGGUGAUUUGCAGCUGAUUUGUGGUGGAUCUGAACUGGUUAUUGUGGGAGCGUUAAUGAUGGAGACGCUUGUUGUUGUGGCGCAGCAUCGGAACCAAUACCACAGUGGGGUCAAGUUUCACGGUCCUGCUAAUCGGGUCGGGUCAUCGCCAUUUAGAAAAUUCACGGAGAUCAAUUGCCGGAAUUUUGAAUCCGGGCCAGUGGAGAUCUUUGACCCCACCAAGAUAGUUACAAGUGAGCUUGGAGAAGAAUUUGGGAGGCUGUUCAGCGCACAGUCUUCUUGAUGGAACUAGUCUCAAGUUUAAGAUGUAUUAGAAACAAGAGUAUGUUUCUUCACUUUUCUAUGUGGGAAAAUACUACAUAUAUGAAUCAGGCUGUCAGAUCUUGUGUGCGCCAGACUCUUUAAAGAGUAGUGGAGUGAAUAUGUUGUCUUGAAGCUUGAGCAGUUGUGUUUUUCUGCUGUCGUUCUGUGUCCAGACCCAGAUGCAAUGUUAGCUCUUCUGUUUUUACGCUAUAAAAUUUGUUGAGGCAUUUAUGUAUCCUGGUGUCCUACUGAUUUGUUGUUAUAAAUUAUGAUAAUAUUGAUGUGGGUACCUGUAAUGGUGUGGUGUACUGUACUUAAUUUGAUUUUAUUUCUCUGCAAAAGUUAGUUGUGAUCAUUGA